AUGCUGGCGGAGAUAUUCGCCACCCAUGUGCUGAUGGAAGCUGACUCUGUGCUGAACAUUGCACUGCACUUCACCCUGGAGCCGAUCGUCAAUCCCUUCUUCACUAAACUGAAGAUGAAGAGCGCACCGAUUAAGGGCCGGCAGCCGGCAGAAGAGAGGGUCUUUCGCAUUGAGGACCGCUAUCCAGUGCAGCUGAGGGAGCUCUACAUUACCCGUCUUGGCCACCAUCGCAUCUUCUACGUCAACUCGGAGGAGAUGUUCGAGUGCCUUCAACUGCAGCUCGUCCCCUGGCUGAAGGGCCUGGAUCCCCUCUUUGACUUGGAGAUGCUUUCUGCCAGCUCAAGUCCUACCACGGUGAACAACCUGUCAGCUGCUGAGCUGGAGGGCAGUGAGAAGAAGCCCCGUUUUCGUUUCAUCACCUACGACAUCAAAAAGGCGUUCUACAUCCUUCAGUUCGGCUUCCACUUUCCAAUCAGCUCUUUGCAGCAUCGCAUUGACUGGCAUGACGUUUCAGUUGCCCUGUGGCUGCUCGACCCUGAGGCAAAGCCGUUCAACAUUCAGCAGUUUGCUCUUCAAGACAUCAUGCAGCUAGCACUGGAUUACCAACUGUCGGAAAUUGACUACCUGCAAAAGGUGCAAAAUUUAGCCAAGCUAAGCAAAGCUCGUCAAGAACACUCCAAAGGACAGAUUAUUCUUCAAUCUGAAAACUUAUACAAAACGGCGCUCCUGUUCUACUUGAUUGGCCAGUUCUCCAACCGCCUAGUGGCCAGCAAUCUCUACCUGUCGUACAAGCUGAUCGAGCUGCCGUGCCGCACCUGCCUGUACAUUAUGGAAAUUCAAGGCGUGCAAAUCAACGACCAGCAGCUGGCAGUGGAGCAGUCCCGCCUGGCACGAUUUCGCGAACACCUCGAACGACUCAUCUUUGAGCAGGUGGGCAGCGAGUUUGACCUGAACAGCCCGGAAAAGGUGGCCCGAGUGCUCUACCAGGAGCAGAACCUGCUGUCGAACCUCUUCGACGUGAAGCAGUCAUCGAAGAGCGUGAUCAAGGUCAGCGGACCACCGGCAGGCCGACGACUGCCCAAGACGUUGAGCACCAGUAAGCUGGCGUUGAUCAAGCUGCAGGCGGCCUGCGGAACUACCACCAACCUUCCGACGUUGAUCAUGGAGUGGCGGCGCGUCAACCACGCCCUCAACCAGACCAUUCUCCCCAUCAACAACGCCCUGCAGAUGCCCAGCGUUGAGGACCUGAAGAGGGGCAUCAGCUCGGAGACCAAGUUCAUCUUCAGUCAGUGCGACGAGUGGUCGGUGACGGGCCGAAUUUCCAUGCACGACCCCAACCUGAUCAACGUCGAUAAGAACUUUGAGCUGAGCACCAUCACUGAGGCGAUGGCAAAGUCGCUGGAGUGGUCAUUUGACCGCAGCUCUCCGGAAAACUCUUCGCUCGGACUGCUGUCGCCUAGUACACUGGCCAAUAGUAAACCUGUUGUAGUUCAGCUACGCCAGAACAUCUGCGCCCGAAAGGGCUACGUGCUAGUCACUGCGGACUACUCACAGCUGGAGCUGCGCAUUCUGGCUCACUUCACCAAGGAUCCCUACCUGAUGACCACUCUAAACAAUCCCGACAAUGACGUCUUCAAAUCAAUUGCCGCUGCCUGGAAGAGCAUCCCCGUUGAUCAGGUCACCAAUGAAAUGCGCCAACAGGCGAAACAGAUCUGCUACGGCGUCAUCUACGGCAUCGGCGACAAGUCGCUGGCGGAGAACCUCGCCGUCACCGAGGCGGAGGCGAUUGACUUUCGCGAGAACUUCCUCCAGCGCUACCGGCAGAUUAAGAUGUUCGAGGAGAGCGUGCACAGCGAGUGCUCCGCCAGGGACCAUUAA